UAAUGAUAGAAGUGUCUGAGUCAUAUUUUGGUAUUCGACUGUAAUACCCCAUGGCAUUAUUUUAGGGACAUGAGAACACAGCCGCAUAUAUUAUAUUACAUGUGGUGAAACUUUAAACACAUAUUUGACGUAGGCAAAUGAAGUAAAAGCAGAAUAUAGAUAUAUGUACACAAGAGAAGUUUCCACACCCCGUCAUUCAUUCCGGUAUAGGAGGAACGAGGAACGGACCACAGAGAAAACAGCUGGCAAGAGGAGACUGACAGCAACAUUGUUUGAAGUUCUAUAAUUUUUUUUCACUUCGUUUUGUGUGCAUGACCAGAUGGACAACAUAGCUCGUGAUUUCCACAAAGAAGAAGGAAUUAUCACUGCAUGUGUAAUUUCAGUUUAAGGUGAACCCCAUCUAUGAGGCAUUUCCAGAGAAAUGGCUUACUUGCCACAAGUGAUAUUGUGGGAUGAUGAUAUGGCCUUUCAGAUGAUUCCCCCCAGGUUGUCGUCAUCUCCACCUCCUCUAGACUCACUCCCAACUGUGGCUUGCCCAGGAGAGGAGGAUUAUGAUGAUGAAUUUGGGAGCUUCUCGACUCAUAAUGCCUCCUUUGAUAUUACCGGCCUAUCUGAUAAGCUGCCUCCCACCCCAGACACCAGCCCUUCCAAAUUAGCACCAGCAGGACAUGGAACAGGACACAUUUUACCUUCAUUCUUAGAAGGAGUUAGGGAUGAUAAUAUCAGUCAAGAUUCAGGAGUGGGCAGUUCAAACCAUCCAAACGAAUUCUCUCCACAGCCUCAAGUGGAUGAUCACUCAUUUGGGGAUUUCUCAAAUUCUGUUACUGGUGUUUUUAAGGGUAAUGACGAAUCAAUAGAUACGGUGAAGAGUGAUGAUGGAGAUGACUUUACAAAUUUUCAGGCUUUCAACUCCAUUGCCAGUGAACCUCCAAGAAUUCAUGAACCAGAACACACAGGUCAAGGUCAUGGCAGCAGCUCUAGUCAAACAUACUCCACGGUGCAUGAGUACCCUGAAAGUGUUGGCAGGAGAUCAUCUAGGAACAGUUUUUCCAUGAUAGGUACUCCCCCACCUCUAGAUUAUGUGGCAAAUAGUGCGACUGUAGAAGAUGAAUUCUCCAGGUUUUCUUCAAUUCUUUCGGCUGAUAAUGUUUCAGCUGAUAAUGAUGAGUUUGGGAAUUUUACAUCUAAUAAGGUAUCAGAAAUUAUUAAUGGAGAAUUGUCAUCUACAGAAAAUGAAAGGUAUAAUAAAAGUUCACCAGUACCAUACAACAGAGAAAAUCUCACCUCAGAAGAUUUGGUAAAAAAUAGGGAAAGUUCCUCAUUAAGCAGGCAAGAAAAUGUGUCAACUGUUAGCAGUGUUAAUACCAUUAAUAUUACAAGUAAAGCUAAUAAUAUAGAUGAAAACAGAGGUUGUUCAGCAGAAGAUGAUUUACAUUCAGGUAGUUCUAGUAAGACACACUGUGUUAUCAAUGAAAGUGUGUCUACAUGUAUAAAAAUGUGUAAUGAAUAUAGUUCACAAGUUUCCAGAACUCAGGAUGAAAGGCUGAACGUGGGAAGUGAAGCUCUAAGUACUACUACUUUACAAACUGAAAAUACUAGUACAGUAAUUUUAAAUCAGAAAGAUGAAAUUGCCAGUGUUUGUUCCUCUGAUGUGUCUGAAAAAAUCAAGAGUGAGUUUAUGCAUGUUAAAAAUGCUGGAAAUGUGCAAGAAAAUCAAUAUAUAAAGGUAAUUGGCACUUUUGAAAGUGCUGAUACACAUUGGGAAAAUGAAUUGGAAGAAAAAUGUGAACUAAAGGUAAUAGGUUGUGAUCAUGGGACAGAUAAUGAAUGUAUUAACUGUACACACUUAAGUGGAGAAAAAAAUAAUGCAGAAAAUUAUUCCGGUUCUAAGUCUUACAUAAGUGCCUGUAAUUCUGGUGAUAAUUUUAGUAGUGAAGUGAGAACAGAAAAUAGAACGACAAAAGAAGAAAAUGGUGAGAUCCAGUGCAAUAAAUCAUACAGAAUGAAAAGUAAUGAUAUUGCAGUGUUAGAGGAACAUUGUUCAGAUGAUUUUGGAGAUUUUAAUAUGGUCGAUAGUCAAAGUGAAUCAGACUUUGGAGACUUCAGUAAAGCGAAUGAUGAUGAUGACCUUGAUUUUGCUGAUCUAAGGGCGCAGGUUGAGAGUGGCACAUUUGGAACGGGGGAAAUGGUUCAACCAGCUCCUGAAGAUGUUGGCACAUUUUGUGAUAUUAAUACAAAGAGUGUAAAUGUAGAAGAUGAAUUUGGAGAUUUUAAUGCUUCUACAGCAAUUAUUGACAGUGAAUUUGGUGACUUCGAUAGUGCAGAUAUUGGUGAUGAGUUUGGUGAUUUUGCUGUGCAUGAAACCCAGAGUGCUUCUGUAAAUUUGACAUGUGGACAAAAGUAUGGUCUAGAGGAUGAUUUUGGUGAUUUUAGUAGCCCUGAAGAUGCAAGAGACUUUGGUAAUUUUACUCGGGUUGGCGGAGAGAGAGAGCCAAGCAUGGGAGACUUCAGUACCUCGUGGAAGGAGAACUACUUUGGCACUUCAUGCAGCAGUAGUCCAGUUUUAAGAAAGCUGGAAAGUUUAGUUUUAAAAUGGAUCCCAAAGGGCAAAACAGCAUUCAGCUUGCAGGAAGAGCAGCCAGUGCCAACGCUUCACCAGGCUGUUGAGAGUGACGCAUUUGUGUGGCGGCAACUUGAGAAUCUGGAGGCUAGUGCGGCUCUCACACUAACUUGGGGCAACACUCAAGCUCACAACUUCUUCCUGUCCUCAGUCAACGUUGACGCUCGCAACAUUGUGAGUAAGGAAGCACUGAUCACGCUUUUUGGCCAGAAAUGGAGUUCAUCUGUUCCUCUAUUUGCCCAAACACUCAGCUUCUCACCUUUGACUCCAGCAAAGUCAACAGAAGGCAGUGGAGGAGCUGCUGUUGCCCUCAGUGGAUGUAGUAACAGAGAGCCAACACCUACUAGUACUACUAUUACUGAUGUCAGCUCUCAGCAGCAGUUGAAAAAGGAAGAGCAGAUUCAAGUGCCAUCUACAAAAGAUGGCAGCUCAGAGGAACAGAUUCCCCCAGCAAAGUUUGACUGGACAUCCAGUGGUCUCACUAAUCCCUUGGAAGUUCCAGCUUAUAAUUCAUCAUUAUUUGGCUUGGACCUUCUCUUAACGAACACUAGUAUUGGUAAAGGAGCAACUAACGCGUUGCUCGCAAGUCUAGAGCGAGAAUUUCUGAGUGAAGGAGGGGAAAAAGGGUCUAAUAUCCGUAUCAAGAGUCCCCCAACACCAUCACCUUUAGUGCAGCAGAUUUUAGGAAGUGGACUGACAAAAGACUGUGUGACAAACACCCCGCUUCAAUCACUUGUCCCAGAGGUACGGCAAGUGGUAGAACACUUGCCCGACUUGGGCUUCAUGCGAAGUAAAGUUCUCAUGUUUCCAAUAAGAGGAGAGCAGUAAGAAGUGGCCUAAAAUGUUUAAAACAGUUGAGUUAAAAAGACUACAGCAGAUGUGAUGGGUCAUCAUUUUUAAUUUGUAUCAUAUUAGGUGUAACCGCAUUAAUGAAGCAAAAUUAUAUUUUUUUUAGUUUUGCUUUAUUAUAUUUAUAUUCAGAUGCAUACAUUAUAUACUGUACAUUUUUAGCAGCUGUGUUUUUACACUAGAUUCAUCAGCAUGUAUUUAAUAACAAAUAUACAGUAACUUGCAGCAUUGUUGACAAAUGCCUCCUGUAAUUAGUCUUUUAGCAACAUGUUAUUUAUUAGUGUUUGAAUUGUUAAAUUUAACAGGAAAGAUACAAGAUUUUUUUCAUUUGAUAUUUUAAAGUUGGUAAUUUUGUACAUGUUAAUACAGAUAUUUCAAAUAGAUUUUACUUUUUAAAGAGCAUUAAGUCUACAAGCUGAGAUACCUUUCAACAUUAGGGUGGUGACCAUAUAAAACAUUUCAUAUUUUAGGUUUAAGUGUCACCUAUAUAAAGUUCAGCAAAUUAUAUUUGUUAUUGGGACUAGUCAAUUGAGGUAUGAAUUGGUUAGGUUGUGUAUGCUUUCAGAGCCAUAAGAGUGCAAUUUCCCAAUUGUGUUCAAUAAUCAAUAUCUUUAAACUAAAAUAAAAUUGAUUGGCUAACUUUCAAGUGAAAGAUACUGUAUUUGGUUUUAUUAUAAAUCUUAGUCUUCUGCUUAAAUUUCUAUUUAAAUAUAUCCUGCUGAACAGAUAAUAAGUUAAGCCUUUGCCCCUAAAGCUUUAUAUACAGAAUCAUUAUUUGUGCAUUCAUUACUGUAUUUUGUUAAGUUCCCAAAUAAUUUAUUUACAUAAAUGAAAUGUAAUAUAUUUAUAAAAAGUUAGUUAUCAAAUACACAGUAAAAGAGUAACAAAUUUCCCUGUGCAUUUGUCACUUAUAAAUUUUUGUAAAUUUCCUCACACCAACAUGGAAAAACUUGAAAACGAAUUGUUCAGUUCAUUAUAAGGGAUGGACUGCAACAUGUAGUCAGGUGUAUGUAUAUACAGUAAGUCAAUCAAUAUUUUCAAGACACCAUAUAUAUAUAUACAUACAUAUACAGUAUAUAUUAUUUAGUAAUUACAUUUUUGUAAAGUAUAUCAAUUUCCAUUUACAUGGAUCAUCAGAUUCUAACUUGCACCUGAAACAUAAGAGACCAUUUUAAAGUAGAGUACUUUUAAAGUACAGUACAAUAUUUAAAUUUUUCAUGCAGCCCUUGCAUGGAAGGUCUACUGUAGGGUGCAAAGAGCCACUUUUUGUCUCAUAAAUUUCCUUUCUUUAGCUAUAAUCAUACCUCUUCAUUUCACGUGCAGUAUAACUAAUUUCCUAUGUUUUUCUUUCUUUCUGCUUUUUCCAUUUGUUUAUGCUUGAGGUAAUCUUCAUUACUUCUAUAUACAGUAUUGUUGUGUCUCUGAGCCAGUGUAUAAUUGCUUCUCACGUAUAAAGGUGUGAUAGUCAUGUCAGUGUGCUAACUCCUAAUAAACAUUUCAAGGGCUUCUGA